CGGCUCCGGGCCCUGCACCUGUGACUCUCGGCUGAGCCGCGGCAGCGCUCGCCCGCCGCCCGCCGGGUGUCCGCAGUCCCAUGGCCCCGUCCCGGCUGCAGCUCGGCCUCCGCGCCGCCUACUCCGGCAUCUGCUCCAUGGCCGGCUUCUCCAUCUUCCUCGUCUGGACAGUCGUCUACAGACAGCCGGGGACCGCGGCCAUGGGGGGACUCGCAGGUGUGCUGGCACUCUGGGUCCUGGUGACACACGUGAUGUACAUGCAAGAUUACUGGAGGACCUGGCUCAAGGGGCUGCGUGGCUUCUUCUUCGUGGGUGUCCUCUUCUCAGCUGUCUCCAUCGCUGCCUUCUGUACCUUCCUUGUGCUGGCCAUCACGCGACACCAGAGCCUCACAGACCCCAACAGCUACUACCUCUCCUGCGUCUGGAGCUUCAUUUCCUUCAAGUGGGCCUUCCUGCUCAGCCUCUACGCUCACUGCUACCGGGCUGAUUUUGCAGACAUCAGCAUCCUCAGUGAUUUCUGACCCAGGGGUGAGGUCUCCGCACCCUGGGGUUCCUCAGGACCUGGACUCAGCCUCUGAGACAUCGGGUGGGCCUGCCCCACACCCUGGGGACCACAGAACUGUGGCAGAACAUACACAGCAGGAGGAAUGUGGCCCCCUGGAAGCUGCCCUAGCCCCCUUUGGGGGGGACCCAGGUGUGGAAGAAAGGGAGGCCUGCCAUGUUGCUCAUCAGCCUGGCUGGAAGGCAGCUUUAGACCUUUUCAAAU